AUCGCAUUUGGAUUUUCUUUUUCCUAGUAAAUUUCUCGAGAAAAUUGCAAAAACCUAGCGGAAGCAUUUGGGUUGAGCGGGAGUUCAAUUGAAAUUUUCGAUUUUCAGAAGAAAAAUGGAUUCGAAAUCAGUGAAGGAAUUUACAAGAAAAGAAGUACCUGAUUGGGACGAUGAAUUAAUCGCAACGGCCCGGUUUAAAGCUUUUAGCGGUCAAAAAUCCGAUUGGGAACCCAAAUUCCAGUUCUGGAAAAAUUUGAUCGUAAAAAUCGCCCGCCAUUUUGGUGUCUUCAUCAUUUCCCCUCCGCAGGUGAAAAAUGAGUGGUUUAAUAGAGGAGGCUUAACUCCUUUGUGCAUUGAUCACGUAUUGUUUAUUAUGUAUAAUGAAGGUGAAAUAACUCGAAUUUCGGACAUGGUGGGUCCUUAUAGUGGGAGACUAACUCAAUUAUUUUAUAAAGUGAAAAGCUUGAUGAACAGAUCAACAAUGUCUCCUGAAAGUAUCCUUCUUGAAGAUUGUCUGAUUCUUACAACAUUGUUGAAGGAGAAAGCUGAUGAAGUGAUUAAGUGUUUGUCCGAAAGUCACUGGAAUUCACAUUGUGUUGUUACGAGGAACAAGUUCGAGAGUAUGUGUGGAGGACAAAAGGAAGGUUAUGCUGUGUUGAGUUACUUGUCAGGGUGCAGGAAAGGUCAAUAUCUCUCCACCAACAAGAAAGAACUAAUCGAGGGUAUAAAAGUUUCCCUUUCGUCAGCUGUGGUUUCUGGUGUCUCGAGUUUAGAUUUCGACACUCUCCACCUCAUUUGGACUCAAGAAAAACUUCAACAACAACUCGAUGUGAUCGACCGACGCUGGGAAAUGUCAAGACAGUCAGCAUUAGCCUCGUUGAAGUCUGGGAACAAGAAAUUGGCCUUGAGACAUGCAAAAGAGAUGAAGUUGGGCAUCGAGAAUAGAGAGAAAUGUAACUCACUUCUUAACAGAGUGGAAGAGGUCUUAAGUGUUAUUGCAAAUGUGGAAUCAACGAAACAGGUAACUGGAGCAAUCCAGAUCGGAGCACGAGUGAUAAAGGAGAAUAAAAUAAGCAUUGAAGAAGUUCAGCUUUGUUUAGAAGAACUCGACGAGAGCAUUGAUUCACAGAAGCAAGUUGAAAAGGCUCUAGAACCAGCUCCAUCCCUGGACAUGGAGGACGAAGAUAUCGAAGAGGAAUUCAGGAAAUUGGAGCUAGAAAUCGGAAGUGGAAACCUUAAAGAUCUGAAUCCCGAAGCUGGAGUUAGUGAUUCAGAAGGAACUGAUCAAUCAUUGGCUGACGCUUUGUUGAAUCUAAAACUAGCAGAUGAUGCUCCGGGCAGCGGAUCAGCAAUUCAGAAUUCUGGGUUACUGGCAAAGAACAAGGAGUCAAACGGCCCGAUGCUUGAAGCUGCAUGAAUAUAAAUGCUGAUACACUUUUGUAUAUAAACAGUGUGUAAUUCAGAAAUGCUUAUACAUGCAUUGAUUGUUGUAUCACCAAAUAUUUCCUGUUUACAUGCUGUUUUUAUUAUCAUUAUAAAGGGCGUAAAAGACACAUUGGUACUUG